UCUCACUCCAAACAAUCAACAUCAUCACCACGAAAAUGCCGUCCACGUUGAAGCUCGAGUACAUCACCUUUGACGUCUUCACAGAAACUCGGUUUGCAGGCAAUCCACUCGCCGUCGUGAAAGUACCGCCGUCCAUCACUCUAACCCAAGCGCAAAAGCAAACAAUCGCAAGGGAAUUCAAUUACUCCGAGACAGUGAUCCUCCAGGAAAGGGAUAUCUCCACUAUUCAGGGCGGAAACACGACCCCGGAAUGGAAUAUCGGAAUCUUCCUGACAACUGCGGAGAUUCCGUUUGCUGGUCAUCCAACCAUCGGUACGACUUGCUAUCUCGCCAGGCAAAUUCAAGCUGCUCGAAGCGAGGAGACCUCUUCGAAUAGGCUAAUUCACGGAAAGGUGAUUGCCAAGGCCGGCCCUAUUCCGUUCACGUAUAAUCCGACCUCUGGAACGAGCUGGGUAGACGUGCCACACGAUGUUCUUUUGCAUGAUAAAACCUUGAGCGUGGAUGAGGGCCGCUUUUACGGACUGGCUGAUAGUAUUGUUGAAGGAUUUGUGCGCCCUCCGGCUUUCAUCUCCCUCGUCAAGGGAAUGACAUUUAUUCUUACCGAGCUACCUUCUCUGGAAUGUCUGCGAGAUGUCCGUGCCGGAUUGAAAGAUGUCAACGUUGAUGGCCAAUUAAACUCUGAGUGGCACCCCGAUGGUACAUUUACUGCUUUUGUCUUUUUCGUUAGACAGGGAAGAUCUGCCGAUGGGGCAUUUAGGCUAAGGACGAGAGUCGUCUUUGGCUCCACGGAGGAUCCUGCAACAGGCGCCGCUUCUUGUGCCUUGGUUACGUAUCUUUCUCUCCAUCAUCCUGAGAUGGAGCGUCCAGAAGGGCCACAGAGAUUUGAGAUUACACAGGGGGUGGAAAUCGGGCGUGAGAGUUUCAUUCAAUUGGAUAUUACACCAGACAUGUCUCAAACCCAAGUCGAACGGUUGAGGCUGGGAGGAUCAGCGGUAAAGGUCAUGGAGGGCUCUAUAUUUAUCUAGGAUAGCUAGAUUCCCUAUGUUUGGGAUAUUCUGAACAUGGAUCCAGCAAGCAUUUCCUUGUUCAGGCUGAUCAUAA